UGUUGCACACCGCCACCAUAGCACGACAAUGUUUCUACUACGCUGUCCACGCUUUCUGAAGCCAGUUUCACCCUCAGUUGCGCACUUCUCACCUGUUUUGUAUUUUGCUCAAUACACUAAAAUUGUGCAGAAGAAGCAGAAGUCCUCGGCGGUGGAGCCAGAGCCGCGCAGAGCUGCUCCUCUGUCCCCGGAGCAGCUGGACAGGAUCGCCAGUAACAAGAGAGCCGCGCUGGAGAGGCUCGCUUCCGCUCAGACACCUCCUGGUUUCGGGGAGAGCUGGAGAAAAGGACUGUCCGCUGAGUUUGGAAAGCCGUAUUUCAAAACGCUGAUGGAUUUUGUUGCUGCAGAGCGGAAACGCCACACAGUCUACCCACCUGCUGAACAUGUCUUCACCUGGAGUCAGAUGUGUGACGUCAAAGAUGUCAAAGUGGUGAUUCUUGGCCAGGAUCCGUAUCAUGGUCCUAACCAAGCACAUGGAUUGUGCUUCAGUGUCAAAAGACCAGUGCGUCCCCCACCCAGUUUGGAGAACAUGUACAAAGAACUGGUCUCAGACAUUGAAGGUUUUGAGCACCCUGGACACGGAGAUCUGACUGGAUGGGCCAAACAAGGUGUGUUACUGCUCAAUGCUGUGCUGACAGUUCAAGCUCACCAGGCUAACUCCCACAAAGACAAAGGCUGGGAGACCUUCACAGACGCUGUGGUGCAUUGGCUCAGCAACAACCUGGAAGGCCUCGUCUUCAUGCUAUGGGGAUCAUAUGCUCAGAAGAAAGGAGCUGCAAUUGAUAGGAAACGCCACCACGUCCUGCAGGCCGUGCAUCCUUCUCCUUUGUCAGCUCAUCGUGGGUUCUUUGGGUGCAGGCAUUUCUCAAAGGCCAAUGAGCUGCUAAAGAAAUCUGGAAAGUCUCCCGUGAACUGGAAGGCACUUUAAGUUGUUGAUGAAUGUCUGCUUUUCUUACACAUGUUGAUUAACUACAGACCAAAAUCCACCAAUAAGCUUUUCCUAGUUUCUUGUUUCAGCAACAAUAUGUGGAGAGUUUUCUUUAUAAAAGAGUGACUGAAUAUUCUUGAAAGGGCUUUUCUUCAAACUGUUGGGAUAAAUAUAUAUAUUUGUAUCAUCUGCACUUCUAGUCAGAUUCAACAUUGUAAAUAUGUUUGUGUACAU